AUGGCUCCAAAAUGUUGUUUUAAAAAGAAGAUAACAGAGAGCUUUAUCUUCGCUCCUCAAGAACAAGGUUUGAGAACAGAUUCGGUCAAGUACAGCAUAGAUAAGACAUCUGGGACACCACUGUGCAGAUUAUGUGGUGACGCCACUGAAACGGUAUGGCAUACUGUCAGUGGAUGUAGGGAGCUUUCCCAGAGAGAAUAUAGGAAGUGCCACAACAAGGUGGUUCUACGAGUACACUGGAGGUAUUAUAUUAAAAACGUAUGGGUUAGAGUGUAUCGAAAAGUGGUACGACCAUCAACCCUUCCAGUUGCAUAGAAUAGACCAGUGAGCUCGGGGUAUGACUGUCUUUACGAACAAGCGGCUGAAAACCUGAAGCACAAUCGAUCAGAUAUUCCACUAACUGUAGAACACACACAAGACACACGGGAAUGAACAUUUAUCGACAUUACAGUGCCAGCGGACCAAAAAUAACAUCCUUACUACCGAGGAGGAAAAGUCGGAAAGGUAUCAAGACCUAGCUCUCGAAAUUAAAAGAAUCCACAGAGCCACGAGAGUAACAGUAUAAUACCCAUCUUGAUUGGUGCACUUAGAAGUAUCUCGAAGAAUGCAAACGCCUGGUACAUAUUUUAUGAAGUGCACAGUUGUCAGCCAUCCCCAUACUUGGUACUGCUCAUAUCUUGCGGAAAGUGUUGUGUCUCUAAGCCGCGGGAAGCUGCUGAGACAUGGCUGAGAAUACCCAAAAGAUACCAGAACUGGAGGGGAUCACACAAUAAUAAUAAUAAUAAUAAUACUAAUAAUAACAAUAAUAAUGAUAACAGUAAUGAUGAUAAUGAUCAUGAUGAUGUUUAUGAUGAUAAUAAUCGAUGGAUCGGUCGAUCGAUUGAUCAGUCACUAGUCACUAUCCGAAGCACAUGAAGAAGGGCAAUAUCCAAAGCAGGUGCUUGAACAUGAAAGAUCUAAAGCCAAAAAUUCCAUAACUAAGAAUGCUACUAAGUUCAAAAGGGAAGUAACAAUGCCAGAGUUUGAGAAGAGAGAAGUUAAAUCAGCCUGAGAAAAUGCUAAAUACCUAAAACAUAUGUUCAAGUCCAAAAUGAAGUCAAUGAAAGAAGAAAAGUGGGAAAACAAAUUUGCAUUGCAUGACCAGUAUCCAAAGAUCUUAGAGGAGCCUCAUGUCGACACAGUCAGCACCAACAAAAUGGUUAUCAAGUAAUCUGAAAAAAGAAACAGACGAGCCACUGGUAGCAGCUCAAGACCAGGCAACAAAAACCAAAAACCACCAGAAAGUAAUAUGUGGCAAGCAAGUGAAGAGCAAUUGCAAAGUGUGUUCACAAUAAGAAAAGACAGUGGACCAUAUUGUAUCUGGAUGAGAAGUAUUAGUAUAAACAGAGUACAUCUCCAGGCACAAUAAAGCUGCAGCGUAUCGCCACUGGAGCAUCUGCAAAGAUCAUAAUAUCGAGAUUAAAGACAAAUGGUACGAGCACAAGCCUGAGACUGUGAUGCACAAUAAAGGCAACAUCACCAUCAUGUGGGACAUGCGAUUCAAUACUAAUAGAACUAAAACAGCGAACAGACCAGACAUCAUCGUUAAAGAUUCAGUGAAUUCCACCUGCAAACUGAUUGAUAUGACUAUUCCAUCAGAUGGAAACAUCGCAAUGAAGGAAAACGAAAAGAAAAGCAACUACAAAGACCUAGAACUAGAAACAGAGAAUAUGGCAGAUGAAAACCGAAGUGAUCCCUGUGGUUGUUGGUGCGCUUGACACAGUAAAGAAGGAUAUGGUAGAAAACAUAAAGAAAGUAUCAGAGAAAGCUAGUGUGACAGAGACCCAAAAUAUCUGCAUGAAUCCUCAGGCAGGUACUUAGUGUAUGAACAGAAUGAUUGUCUUAAGUGACUGAUGCUCCAUGUCCAUGGUUUCCGCCCGGCUGAUGCACAAACAGAACACCAGCAAACACUGUGACGGAAAAGAUAAUAACAAUAAUAUCAAUAUAGUUUGGUCAGAAACCUUGCCCCUAAAAACGUAUCGAUCAUGAAUCCUAAGAACCCGGCUAAAGAUCGGCCCGGAGGGAAGAUUCUUUAAAUUCAAAAUAUUUGAAAAAAACACGUAAAAUCUGCCUGAAUCGAGAAUUCAGAUUUGGAUUUUCCCUGAGAAAGGACUGAAUUUAUUUUAUUUGCCGUUUUAAAACAUUCUAUUCAAAUUCCAAUUGCAGCAUUCCACCAUCUUACCUGGACAAUUUUUUUUGUCCUCGGGGGUUUCGUGAUUUGUAUUUGUGACGUCGUCACAACCACCGCAAUAUGCCUGUAUAGAGAUGUUUGAAUAGACCCAGUAAUCGGUUCCAUGCUGGCACGUCCACAUAAUUCUCAGUGUUGAACCCUUGUACAAUUUCUGUUGAUUUAGAAAAUGACAGAUAAACAAGUAUUAUUAUACAUCAGACUCACUAUGAAAAAUCUAAUUGGUCGACAGCAUUCAAUCGAUUCACAAUAGCUUGUGAACUUGACAUGAUAAAUGCAAUAUCUGCUGCAGAUAUUGCAUUUAUCAUGUCAAGUUCAACGUCUGCCUGGUUACCAAGCCCCUUGGAGUGUUCUCCUCAGAAACAUUUCCACAGAUGAAUGUCUUCUUUUGCCUAUUGUUUAAAAAAUGUAUAAUAAAACAGUUAUUGAAUUCGGUUUUCGCAUGAUAUCAUGAAUUAACAAAACCUCGUGUCUGUAUUAUCUGCCUCAGCCUUCGGCUUCGGCAGAUAACACAGACCUCGGUUUUGAUAAUUCACGAUAUCAUGCUCAACCUCAUCCAAUAAUUGUUUAUUACCAUCAUGAAUGAGGGUUCUCUUCUACUCUUCCAGAGAACCCUGGGAAGGAGGUUGCAUUACGAAACCGUCUACAAACUGCGUGCAGACCAGGGUCCUCUCAUUCAAACAGAAUAAACUUAGAGCGACUAAGACGAUUAAUUUUCAUAAUUGCUCUAUGGAAGAAGCGCAUUUCCAUAACCGGAGAUGGUGUUUAUCGACGAAAUAUUUUCAAAGACGCAUUACCUUCAGUUUUUAGUUUACAGAAUAAAUACUUAAUAUCUUACUACUGAUACUGUUUAGAUAUGUCUGUCUGGAUUUGCAAAAAGGUACCUAGAGAAAUUUCAAGUGUUUUUUAACAUUUUAACACUUGAGGCGAAUGAAAAACAGUUAAAAGUCGCUGGCUAGGGCUUUAAAACGACCACUUGAUUGUUGGCAACACACGAAAAGUUGCUCUUGGCAUGAGCGACGGGAUUUAGCAAUAAAAUAAACAUUUGAAAAGCACAGAAAUUAUGACCUUUCAGUCUCUUAAACUUAUAGCAAGAUGCCCGACAAAAACAGACCUAGAAGACCCUAGAAUCCACCCUCCUUGAGCCGAGAAUUGGUUUUCUAAGACAAAAACACAUGCACCUAAACUAAUCAUUGAGGAAGCGUUUUUUUAAUAAAUACUUGUACACAAUUUACUUGUAAACACCUGAAUUUUGUCUGUCAACAAUUUGAAGAAAUCACACAAUUAACCACUUUCGCGGCACUAUCCACAACUAAGCACAAUCUUUCCACACUUAAUACGGGCGGAACAUCAUCAAAUUACUCGGAGAAACUCUCGCUUUCUCUACGUAAAACACAUGAGAACAUUUCUCCCCUGAGAAAACAGCUGACAAUUCUCGGUGCUACCACUGAUUUUCCCACAAAAUUACGUCUGAGACACGGGCGCAGAUGACGCUUCAUUACCCAGAUUUGAAUAGUGUUUCUGAUUGGUUGAAGCAAAUUUCCCACGCGGUACGACCAAUCAGAAGCAGUAUGGAAUGUCUACGCUCGUUUCUCAGAUCCCAGAUGUAGGUAGACCAGCGUCUUGGAAAAGACAGAUGAAGGGCUUGCCUUCAAAGCAAUUUUCAUUUUUUUUUUCAAAGCAAAGUCUGUGGGAUGGUCAAAAAUCAAAAUAAAUUUUACUCUCCCCGAAUAAAUUUGGCUCCUGGAACCUACUUUCUGAGGCCAGAGACUCUUUACCACCCAGUAUCGAUUACCUUAACGUCUCGUUUCACCCAUGUAACCAAAUUAGACAAAAAAGGGUAAGAAAGACUAAAUGAUGCCUUCAGGAAAACUUUGCUCCAUGCGGUCAAGAAGAAAUCUAGAAAUUUAGCAGACCAUAGAAGCCAAGUUCUAACGCUAGCGCUGAUUUCAAAUCACUGUUUUAUGAUACGGAGAGAAUUAUAAAUGGGAAAUGAACACGAUAGCUAAAUGAACACGAUAGACUAGAACUGAACACAUUGAAGGAGGGUUAAAAAUAACUGAUUUAGCUGGGAAUGCCUUUUCAGCGGAGCACCAUGGGUAAGAAAAUGUGGUAAACUACCCAUCCGAGAAAAUUGGUAAUCACAUGACCGUACACCGACCGCCCGACCGUCCGUCCGCACAACAGGCAUACCAAUGUAACUCUCACACUUUCUAGCUAGGGAGCCCAGGAGAAAUCUGAUUGCACAUCAUUGUUGUGAUCAAUUGUCAGCUGUCCAAACAAGGUAUCCGCUGACCAGUAUCACCUGACGGUAUCGCGGGCUCAGGCAUCGACCCAUCCAGGUCAACUACUUUUUUGAAGUUAUCCGUUGACAAGUUACUAGUUUUCAAAUGAUCGAAGGCUCAAGUUUAUAUAUUUUUUUAAAUUCAUAUGAAAUAUGUUUUGUUUAUGUCACUACGGCCCCGCACUAUUAACAUUCAACCAGUUAUUUAAAAAUACAUGCAGGGAGGACAGAUGCUUUUCACUUUUCUCACCAUAGUCACCCAUUGGUCACGCUCUACGGUCAAUUUUUAUGCUCUGAUUGGUCAAAAUUUGACAGGUGAAUUCAUGCGGAAGAUUUAUACAGCAUCUUGAAACUUGUUUACUUUGACAGCUGAAACUGACAGAGUUUUGUGUCAACUUGUGAUGUUUUUAACUGUCUUUUUCCACUGGAUGGGCAAAAUGAAAUACAGCUGCUAUCAAGAGUCUCCUGUUGUUCAUGACAUUCAUUUGAAUUGAAUUUUUGGUUGAGAAAUGCGCCGCUUCUCAAAGUCGGAAAUCCGAUUUCGGAUGGCAUCGUUUUCGUUUUUCGCCUUGCUGGAUGCGUAAGAGGGUUGAAAAGUCUCAAGAGAUUCUGGCACUACUUGAUAGCUUUCAGGAGCUGCAUCUCGAAUGGUAAGCAUGAGCCAAUUCUUGUGUUUGCGUUUUUUUAAUAUCUAAUUUCAUGAAGUCGAGCGCACUUUAUGAGGCUAGUUUACGCAAGUUUGUAUUAAGAUUUGAGACAAUGAUCUGACCUAGUAUGAGGUUUGAUAUAAGCUUACAGAACCUUAAAAAGCCUUUAUUCGAUAUUUUCUCACCCCAAACAGAUGUGAUGUAUAAAAAGCAUAAACGGAUGGUUUACACGCACCCAUAUUUGUUGGCAAGAUUUUGUAAAGUAAACUUGUCGAACGCAAAAAAUUCGGCCUGGUUUGUUUUCCAAGAAUUUUUUUUCCAGGCCUAAUCUACUGUGAGCCAUUAUGGCUCUUAAUUGUUAUCGAAGAUGAUUGCUAUUUUCUGGGUGUACAUAUAAGGCUAUAAACAGUCAAUGUAAGAUUUUUUUCUCUCUAAAAUCACUUAGCAUUUCCCUCAAAAGUCACAUAUGUGCCCUUAGAUUAAAACAAGAACGCGCUUACAGCAGCACUCAGUCUCGCCUGCUUGGAGAUUAGAUCGAGAAAUGAGGAGGCGAUUAAUUCUACAAGAAACAUAAUUUACUCACUAAAGGUUUUUUGCUUCCUACUUUAUCGACUUCGAUACUUUUAAUUUGUUCCUCAAUUGAUUUAGUACGCCCGUUAGCGACGACGAGAAAGAACCUCUGCGGUAGCAGGCUAUACGCGUGUAUAAAUACACGAAAAUUGAAGGGCCUCGAUUCCAGAGAAAUUACAUCAUUGCCAGAUAUCAAAAAAGUGAUUAACGUGGCACGUCAUUUCAAUAAUCGCCGAAAAUAAAUCACAUGCUCAUCACAAGAGCCAUUUGCAUACAGUUAAAGUUUCGACCACUCAGAAGUGUUCACUUGUUUCAAAGUAAUCAACGCUUUCAAGCGAUAGAAUUCGUGGACCGACACGUUUCCACGGUCUUCGCAAGGAACGCCUGGCAGAAUGACCUCCCUUUUGUGUCCUAAAUACGACCAAAAAUUCGGGGGGGGUACCUCCAGAAAAAUUGGGUGGGGUGUGCGGCACGCUUCCUGAAACCCUUACCCUAUUUCAGACCAAAAUCUGUGAUUUUCCCCACCCUAUUUCAGACCUGAUCCAAAAUUUGAUACCCUAUUUCAGACUUGAAGCCCUCUAGCUCGGCGCGUGACCGGAGCGCGUGACAAGAUGUUAAGGCACGUACACGGUAGUUGGCGUAAACAUUAAAAGGGAAAUGGUCUUAUCGCUAAAUAAUGAAGACGUAGCUAAUUCUUCUAAAAACAUACUCAAUUCAAGACUAGUUUGCACCAACCAUACCCUAUUUCAGACCCAAAUGGUCGAAAUUGAUACCCUAUUUCAGACCAAAACGGCUAAAAAAACAUACACUUUGGCGCGGCUGCUGACCUAUGGUUGGUUUUCACAUGACGUCACGAAAAUUCAAACUAAAAAACUAUCGAUCCCACCGAGAUUUUACUUUCACGAUGCAUUAGAGCAGCUGAAAACUAAUUUUCAUACAAAUUUUCGCUUCAAAAGGGUUCUUGGUUUUGUGAUAGAGUACGCUUGAAUUUCUAAGCUUUUGCGUGACGCGGCAUUUACAUGACGGCCAAGAGAGCUGUCAUGUAGGUUAAAAAAAUGACUUAUUUCAGGAAAUUUUGCUAUCUAAACAGUUCAUGUAUUAGAAAAAGUAUUACUUUAAUGUUUAUGAGUUUCUCGAAGAAUAAAUUCACGCUUUUGUAGCAAAACUCGGUAACAGAUGUUUCUGUUGGUUUCCGUCCGCCAUGUUGGAGCUCAUCCAGGUGAGCACCAGCAUGGCGUCUCCAUACAAAUCUCUAUAAGUUUGGGUAAAACAUUUCUUCGGAUUUCUCGUAUACGAAAUAUUCCUCUGACCUGAACCUUGGAGAGGGUCUUUGUAUAUGUACCUCCUUUCAUUUCCCAGAUUCUGGACUUUAUCUAUUGAGCAGUUUUGAUUUGUAUUUGGAUCUAUUUUGAAUGGCGUGACACUGAAAACCAGCAAUACUUAAACGCGUUGAAGAUUAUCAGUCUCGCUGCUUACGCAAGCGAGACUAACAAGGGUUUGGGUGGGGUCCUCAGUCUCGCUGGCUUACAAAACCUGGUCUCGGACAUUCUUAUUUAAGGAUUUUCCUGGAAAACAUGAGCCUGAUUGCGCCGGCGAAAACAGAAGACAAGUUUAACUUACAUGCAUCUGGCCUAAAUACUCCAGGAGAAUUGAGUAGCCUUAAUUGUCCUUUUUUAUGGCUAGCAGUAGCCUUGACAUUUGUCAGUAAAUAGCAGUAAUUGUAAUUUAGUCUAAAGUUUUUCUUGCCACUCCUCAUUUCCCGACAACUUGUCUUUGUAUAGGUAAUAGCAUGAUUUGUAGUGAUAUUUGGCAUAAAUACCACGAGUGAUAUUUCCAAAUUGUUAUACGUAAUUGAGACAAUUUUGAAAUAUCACGAGUGGUAUUUAUGCCAAAUAUCACGUACAAAUCAUGCUAUUAUUUGUUUAUACUACUACCCGCAAAAGGUUUGUAAUUUUCACAUGUAGGUAUUUCAAAAUAAGCUGAAAUACCACUGCUCUAUAAGCCAAUCAAAUUGCAGAAAUUUCUCAUGUAGUAGUAUAACUUACAUAAUGCAUCUUAAUUGCCCUCUAAAGUUUUGUAUAGGGAUUGUCUUCAAUUUUCUUUUUUGGGAAGGCUGUAAUAGCAAGGAGAUCUUUGAAAAAAAUAUGGGAGAGGAGAGGGGCAAACAGGGUGUAAUAAGGGAAAUGAUAAAAUGGCAAUACCACUAAAAAUGAACAAAUUGCUGAGAUCUUCAUCAGUUUUGCUUCAUAUUUUACUUUGGACAGUUUAGGACUAAACAACUGUAACAAGAAUCAGCCUGGUUGAAGAAAUGCCUCUCCAGCUACGAUCGUGAAGUUCAGACUUUGAAUGCCCGGUUUCUAACCCAGAGAGAAAUUUCAUAUCAUGGUUGACUUGUACACUCAUUAAUAGGGCCAAACUUUUGUGCAUUAUGUUUCCAUUAAGUGAUAAACCAUUUUAUUUUUUAAAAAAUGAUUAUUAUCCUCCGUUUCGUAUAUUAACUAAACCAAGUUAGUAAAUUCGGACGUAAUGACUUCUUAACUGGUUCGGUUUCUAAUUUUUCCUCUGACAAGCUGAUAAUUCUCUUUAUUUUAUCGCGAAUUUCCCCUUUUAGGCUUCGCUAAAUUUAUAUAACCAUACUAUAAAAAUUGUCUUACCCAUGGAGUUUUUACAUUGUAUCCACCGUGAUUGUUAUUCUGCGUAGAAUCAGCGAAAAGAGGAUGUUAAAUAAUGGCUUAUACUAACAAGUACUUCUUUAAUUUAGUCCCGGGCGGUUUGUAAAAAGUGCUUCAAACAACCAUCUAGUUUUAAAUGAAUUUUAAAGGCCAAAUUCUUUGGCAAUUCUUCUACCACGACCGAUCCAUGCCAGCCUCAUCCAGCUUAAUUUGGGGUUUCCUAAAUGGUCUUGUAACAGCUACAAUUUGGCACGCUCUGAUCUCACCCUCUAAGAGUUAACCUUACAACGAACGACCUCAAUAGAGAGAAGAAGUGUGAGGUCACGUUACCAUGGUAGCAAAAUUUCUGGAUUACAACAAUAGGGAGCUAAGCAUUUUAUACUAUUAUUAGCAUUAUAUAUAUAAUUGUGUUAAGAUACUUACAGUAAAGAAGAGAAGUAUUAUAUCAAAUAAAUUUUGAAUAAUGUUAAAUAUUCAUAUCUCCGGGAAAUCCGUGAAAUCCGUAUUUUCCGCUACUCUUUUAAGAGUCCUUUUCAAGCAGUCAGUCAUGACCGCAAGUUAUCUUAUUAAACAUUUAUGUCUCCGGGAAAUUCGUUGAAUCCGUGUUUUCCGUCAUCACGUAAAGUCUGUGUCAGUUAGCAGUCAGUCAUGCCUGCAAGUUUUAUCAUUAAACAUUCAAGUCUUGAAAUCCGUAUUUUCAGCUACUCUUUUUAAGAGUUUUUCCGUCUAUGAAAUUCACCCGAGCGGUCAAUCCUUAAUGCAUUUCUUUUCCUUUCAAAGAACUUUUCACCACACACGGAAAAGAUGGAUUUUACGGAUUUUGUGGAGCCAUGGAGCUUCGAGUUCGUACAUUUUCUUUUUUUUUUCGUUUUAGACAAUUGGUUUUUACAGAUUUCCUGGAGACAUAUAGCUUCGGUCGAGUUUAAGUUCCUCCUUUAGCAUUACAGAAACUACUUUUACUGAGAUGCAAGCAUCUUUCAGUCUCAAAAGGCAAACUAGAGGGAUUAAAAUCAAGAAGAAAGGUCCGUUGUAAAAGAGCUUGCACUCUUUUAAACAGUUCUACCGAUAAAUAAAUUUCACCACACACCGAAAAGAUGGUUUUUGCAUAUUUUGCAGUAUUACAGAAACUUCUUUUAAAAAAGGUCCGUUGAAAAAAAGCUUGAGAAAUACAAUAAUUUCUUGCCUUUCAUUAUCAAGUUCGCUCCUAAUUAAUGGUGACACUAAAUGCGUCACAUCUUUUCGGUCGUUCCUUUGAAUUAUUGUUUGAGGAAAGGUACGGUGCCGGCCGCUACCUGGAGUGAAUGACAGUUUCGAUUUUUUAUUUUAAAAAAAUUCGACUACCUAACAACUUUAUUUAAGUAUCAGAACAAUAAGUAAUAUUUUCCAAUCUCAAAUUAUAUCGUGUUGUUUGCAAAUCAAAAACCAAAUAUAUGACAACAAUGCUAACAAUUAAAAUCCUAUUUACAAUUAAUUCGCUUGAAAAAAGAAAGGAAAAAAACUAUUCAUUAAAAAUAUUAUUUACAAUUCCUGUCGAUUUAAAAAGCACUCAGUUGAGCUUAGAAAGAAUUAAUUUAACUAAGAAAAAUUUAUUCGAAUUAAAAACAUUUCAUUUCAAUUAAAAAAAUAAAAAAUAAAAAAAACCCGUCAAAAAUCUAGGCCUAAUGGCAGUUUUGAUUGCAUUGUUUGAGCGUCCGACAAAACAAGCCAGUCAUAAUAGAGCGAUUGUAUUUUGUUUGUGUUCAACUUGCCCUGUAAAUUACACCAGAACGUCCUCAUUGUCUUGCGCUAGCAACAGCGAUUCAGGCUUUAAAGAAACGUGCAAAAAGGAACGCCCUUUCUGACGCUCAUUUGAUAGUUACAUCAUCCCCGGACAAGUCUUCGUCAACAAAUUUGACUUCAAAACAUGACAAACAAACUAAUGAAUCAUCUUUCACAGUUAUUCAUCAGCACGUCCAAAACAGAGCCAACAAAAGGCUAAACUUUCAAAUUUAUUCGUCAAAAUUUCACAGCGCUGAUCCACUAUGUAAACACCGCACCCAUGCCACAACAUUUGUGCUACGAAAGAAGAAUGCAGCGAACAAGACAACCAUGUCGACAGCUCAACAGCGAAGGUAUCAAGAGCACGGCCUUGUGCUACCUAACGCCGGUAAUAAGGGUAAGGUGUCGCAUUAUCAGCGCUAAAUGUGUUUCAAAGUGAAGGAUAAGGCCUUGCCAAAAGCGUGGGCAACUGUUUGUGAAAAACAAGGUGUGUGCGACCGUGCAAUAUCAGGUUAAUAUUUAUUGCAAUGCGCCGGUUUCAAAUUAGGAGAUGCGAUUUUUAAAGCAAAAACGAAAUGAAUUCUGGUAGUUUUCAAAUGUCGCGUGAAAAAAUGCGCCGGUUUCAGAUGCGAUUUUAAAGAACAUUUUCCAGUUUACUGCAGAUAUCCACAACGUGUCAUUUUUUCUUUAGCGCUAUCGCCAGCCAAGAGAAAAAAAGGCAAUAUCAAUGAGAACACAGACGAGGAGAGCAGUUGUGAAGAUGAAAUUUCCAGCUCUAUUUCUCAAUAAUGGCUCCAAGGCAAUUUAACGAACGUAAACAAAUCCAUCUGCCCUGCUUACUAGGUCGCGUUGACUACAGUAAACGGUGCGCCCACCAGCCCAAUUUCUGUGCACAAAGCCCUGUUGAAUUCAGGACUGGACGUCACAGCAACACAGGUAAUUAAAUUAUUUUCUUACUUUUUGACAACCCAAGCAUUUCCUUAGCCGUGAACAAAGUAUUCAAUAUUGAGAAAUAAAAAAUGAAGAAUCAGAGUAAGCGACUUUUCUUCUGUUUGUCCUUUAGAUAAACACUAAAUUAAAUUUGGUUCCAGGUUUUGUCCAAAACGGUUUGCUCCAAACUCGAGAAUAAAAAACAAACAGGCAAUGAAUGACCCUCUCUUUAUUCAUUUAAUUCUUUGCUAGCAUUUAAUAUUUUUUCUCUUCUCGGUUGCUUUGAAAGAAAACCUAACAACGACGACUGUACUUUUUUCUUGUGGCACUGCCAUUAUCAACUUGAAUUUUUUUGACAGGGAAUGAUUUGUGUCGUAACAGAAGUAAUUCUACUGUAAUUUGAACUCAGUUUUCAAUUGUUUCCGUAUUUUCUUCUAAUUGAAAAAGUGCUUGUCCCACGGACAAGUCAUGUCAAAGGUUUACAUGUCCAAACUGAAUUUCUACCUGUCCCGGAAAAUCGGACAUAGGUUUUGGUGCACCCUGAAUUUGUUGUUAAUAAUAGUAAUGAUGAUAAUAAUGAUAAUAAUAAAGGACGCAAGCGGUCAGUCAGUUCUGAGAAAGAGGAAACGUAGAACCGUCUUUGGUAAAAUGCUUCAAUUUGAUAUCCUUUAGGUGCAGUUUCAAGAGGAAAAGGAAUCCCCAGCCCAUCAGAACUUUGCAAAGUGUUGA